GACUGGCUGAUGUUUGCUGAAUUAAACUUCUCGCUCGGAUUUAUACGUUUCGACGAGCCCGGCCCCGUCCACAAUCACACCUCCUCCGCCGCCGCCCGUCCCAUGGAUCGUCCUGAUCAACCGUCUGACGGCUUCUUGACCCAGAUCAAGGUCCAGGUCCAGGCCCAUCUCAAUGUGCAUGUCUGAUGUGCAUGUCUAAUGUCCAUGUCCGAUGUCUAUGGUGGUACCCACACUCACCCACACCCACACCCGCACCCACACCGAUACCCACACCCAUACCCAUACCCAUACCUCGACGAAACCACCGCGCACAUACAGCUACAGCUACAGCUAAGCUCCAGCUCCAUCAUCCAUCCAAUCGGGACUCCUGGCCUGCUGUGACCCGGCCACGGCCUUGCAGCCUCGCAGCUUCUCAUACAUGAUCCUCUACUCCUGCCAUCAGUAUCCUGAUCCUGCUAUUACUCUAAUCUUCCUGCUCUGUUGGCCCCACCUUACAGCACCUGCCCGUGACAGACCGAGUGUGGAAUAUUCUGUUCAGAGCCUCUGUCACCUCCUAUCUCGCACCAUGCCCGCUUAGACAUAUACGAUAGAUACUCUCUGUUGUUGAGGUCUCAGACAUGACCAGACUUGUGUGAAAAUGCCACGCAACAUGUACCCAGACGAUGUGGAAAAGAAAAACCGUGGAUUCCUGGGCUUCGACAGCUCUGCACUGCCCCAGAGGGACCUACAGGACCGUCAGCAGCUACGCUACGAGCUGGAUUUGAAUUCUUGGAACCUGAGGAUCUGGGGUGUUGCUGCCUCCGGCUUUCUCACCGACUCGUACAACCUAUUCGCGAGCAAUGUUAUCCUGACCUCAAUCACUUUCGUCUACUUUCCCGACAAAAGGUGGCCUGGCCUUGUCAUAAACCUCGUCACCCUCUUUGGCUCAGUCUGUGGCCAGAUGCUCUUCGGCUACCUGGCUGAUCGCUACGGACGAACGAGGCUGUACGGCAUCGAGCUUGUCCUUGUCAUUGUCUCAACCAUAGGAGUGGCCACGAGCAGCUAUGGCUAUGGCACCCUGUCGUUCCUAGCCCUGUUCACCUGGUGGCGUUUUGUUAUGGGUAUUGGAAUCGGCGCAGAAUAUCCCCUCAGUGCUGUCAUCACGUCAGAAUGGUCCAGCACCUCGUCCCGGGCCACCAUGAUCUCCUCCGUCUUCAUGAUGCAGCCAGUCGGCCAGGCACUGGCUCAGCUCGUCGGCCUUUGGGUGGUCAUAGGACAGAAUAAAAAAUACGAUAUCCAAGGCAUGCAGUGUGGAAUCAACGAUAAGUACGAGAAAGAGUGCAAGCAGGUCAUCGACGGGAUCUGGAGGAUCGUCAUCGGAUCUGGCUGCGUCCCGGCCGUCCUAGCCAUCAUCUUCAGGUUCUUCCUCUACGACUGCGGCCUCUAUAGCUUGGAGGUCAAGGCAAAGCCCGGGACUGCUUUUCGUGACACACAGAGAGUAUAUGGCGCACCCCCCGCUGCUGUGACUAUUGACAGUCCUUAUUCCCCUGGUGGCCACCAAGCACAGCCCUUUCAGUUCAUGCCGGUGCAAUUUUCCAAAGAGGAUUUAUACAACUAUUUCAUCACAGAUGGAAAUUGGUACUAUUUACUAGGAACCAGUGCAACAUGGUUCUUCUUGGAUGUCAGCUUUUACGGCUUUUCCCUAGACAAAGGCAGCACGCUCGCAGACCUCUGGGCAACAAGCUUCAAGCCCACCAUCACCCCUGACCUGUCUUGCUGGAACUCGACCCUUGACGGCGGGAACUCCACAAUACCCCUAUGGAACCAGAAUGGCAUACCAGCAUGGCAGACAGACUAUGCUCACCCGUGCUCGACAAUCUACGAUACACUGAUCGAACAGGCCAAACAGUACCUCGUCACCGUGUCUAUCGCGUCAAUCCUCGGCACUGCGUGCUACACCUUCGCGGCGAACCGCCUGCACCGCAGGCGCUUUCUGACUACGUCAUUCUUACUUCUAAUGGCCCUUUUUCUAAUUACUGGAGGCGUUUACUAUGGCGUAGCUCACACAUCGUCGGCCCCAGCGACAGUCCUCGGUGUCGCGAUCUGCCACUUCUUUUUCAAUUUCGGCGCAAACACCCUAACAUUUAUUAUACCCGCCGAGAUCUUCCCGACCACAUACAGGUGCACCUGUCACGGCAUCUCCGCGGCGGCGGGCAAGAUCGGCAGCAUGGUGGCCGUGCUGGUCGUCUACGGUAUCAACGCGGGCUACAAGUCCAACACGCGGCAGGGGCUCAUCUUCCUGCUCUUCUCCCUCUUCAUGGCCCUGGGCGCCGUCUGCUCCUGGGCCUACCUCCCGGACAUCCAGCGGCGCGUUCUGGACAGCGAGACAGGGAAGCCCCUCGGCCUCGCCAACAAGAACCUCGAGGUCCUGGGCGAGGGCCGCGAACGCGCCAGGAGGGACGGCGAGGUCGUCACCAUCCGGGAGAAGCUGCGCGAGCUCAGGAGGCGGAGGAAGGGCGCGGGGUUCUCGCUGGGCUCCACCCCAGCGGAGCAGGAGGCUCGGGGACAGGAUAUCGGGAUGAGAUAG